UCAAGUUGGCCAAAGAUCCGUACACACUGCACACUGGAUGGGAUAGACAUAUAUGUAUCUACAUGCAGAUUCCCAUCGGUCCCAUCCGAUUUGGCCCGGCUACAAGAGGCCACUUAUCCGCUAACUAGCCAUUUCACUGUCCCCCUUUUCCCCAGUCGUCUCACGAUGGCGCAGUGCUUUCUUUAACAAUUAUCACUCCAUUGCGCACCACGCGUGCUUCAAUUCGGUUAUAUAGCGUCGAACAUCAACAGUAACCUUAAGUGUCGGCGGCGGUAGUAUUGCGGGAACAUUUCAUCUGAUCAACAACAUUUUAUGGUCAAUGGUUAUGACUUGUAUGCGGCGCUCCCUGGGGAAUUAAUAGCCUGUUUUCAUUUGCCCGGUGCAUUAAAGGUGAUGGAAUCCGACAGCCAUAUCCAUUAGCAUUUUGGCUUAAUCCAACCGGAAGUGCUGAAGAACAGCAGCUUGACAAUUCUCCGGCAUUCCUUCCUGUUAGAAGGUUAUAUGCACAGUUGCAUCUAACGAUCUGUUGCGAUAAUCUGCCUAAUGCACCAAAAUCCCGGCACUGCAUAUAUAUACGAGUGCAUCAGGUGUAAUUGUGGGUUAUAGCGUGGAUGCUGCAACUGGAUGAGCCAAUAUGCCGCUGGGCAAAUCGCGAACCUGCUUACUGACAGCCGGCAUUCUGGAGGUGCUAUAUGGAUUAACAUUUGUUUGCAUGGGCGUGGCCUGCCAGUAUCUGGCCGCCGCGGCCGGCACCGGCACGGAGAACGGUGUUAAUAGUCAGGUGUUUGGCGGUGGUGCCGGGGCAGCCUCCUCCAGCCAUCUGUCCAAUAUGCCCCAUUGGCAGAUCAAUGAACUACUGGCGGAUCAGUCCCCGCACACCGUGCAGGACCGGCAACCUGUUAGACGCGACAACUCCUUUGUUACUGCAUCCACCACCCGGAAGGAUGCUGCAGAACCGGGAAUUUGGCUGGCCAUCUUAUACACAUUAACCGGCUUCCUGGCGAUUAUCGUCGGACAAGAAAGGGACCGCAUUAUCCCGCUGCUGCACACCGUCCUUGCCUUGAUUUGCAUUGCCUGGGCCCCACUCAUGUUCGAAUUGUUGUACUUACUAAUCCGGCCGUCCUCUAUCUAUGCCUACAGUUUCUUGUAUGAGAUGGAUUUAAUCACUUCGCAAAAGCACUGGGCGGCCUACAUUGUGUCCAUCUGCAUAGUUGUUGCCGGAUCAGCGCUGUAUCUUUUUAGUGCGGCGUUAGCAGCUUAUCAGUACGGCGUGCGCAUUAUUGAGCGCUCCAGCAGUCUGCCCGCUUCCGGAUCCGGCCUAGUGCUGAAUGCCAGUGCGACAUCCACAAGCGCCACCGGAAACAAAGCUUCCUUGCGUUCAGCUGCUCAUUCUCAGUCUCAAAAACCGGAAGAACCAAAGCAAGUAACAACAGCGCCCGCCAAUCCAACCAGCAGCGCCCCCACUGCUACACCCGCUCCCGACGACCGACCGCAAUCCAAACCCAAACCGAAGCCUCUUCACCAGCUCACCCUGCCCCUGAACACCACCACCGACACCCUCCGUCCCGCCAGCACCGACCAACCGCCCUCACGUGACCGCACCGGUACCGAGGCGAAGUUCAUCAAGCAUUCCCGUACCGACCUGCCCAUCACCGGCAACACCUACGAACAGGACAACGGUCCCCAGCACACCACAUCCACCUCGAUGACCCUACCGCAUUCGCAUGGGAAAAACCCCUCGGACGGCCGGCAGUAUCACACACUGAACCGGGACGACCGCGGACAGCGUUCCGCGUACGAUUAUAAUCGCAAUGAUUACCGUGAGCAGCGGGAUUAUUCGUCGCGGUCGUUCCGUGAUUCCGGGAGGGAGCGCGAACAUGCCGGACAGUGGAGGAGGGAUAAAGGUCACGAGUACAGUAAUUCCUUACGGAACAAUCGCGGCGGUGGUGGAAAGGAUGUAUACGAUUUUGGACCCUAUUAUGACGACUCUCAAGAGGCUGUUGUGUAAAGGUUUUCAAUGACGAACGAAUUACCAUUUUUGUGUAGAAUCACACUGCUAAAUGUUCACAAACACAUGAAUGCAUUUAUGAUUUUCAGUUUAAAUUUUCAUAAUUUACGGAUUUAGACGAUACGAGUGAUGUAAGAUAACAGAGAACUAGCAAUAAGAAUUGAUACUGUA